CUACCUAGGUAUCUAUUUCCGCCGGUCCAUGAGUCGACUAAUCUAGCCAACCGACCUUUCCUCUAAUUCAUUCAAAUCUAAAUAAAUUCACCCUAUCCUAGACUGAAGAAGAAAAGUUGCGUUCGUGAUUGGGCGGGCGCGCAUUGAACUGGCGUCAUGUCCGCCAAGAAGGAGCCGUCCGGCCGACAGGAUUUGGAUGAGAUGGAGAGAAGUUACUGGGAAACAACCAAGUAUAAUAGAGCUCAAGAAGACAAAGUGCGCAAUCACGAGUACGCCGACCAUCAAGAUGGCCUAAGGAAUAACCUGGUUCGGUUGUAUGAUACACGGACACAACUCCAACACGAGCUGCUCAUUCUCACGGAUAAGAUCCAACAACAUGAAAAGAAGCAGGAGCAAUUAGCCCACGACUUUGAGGAGAGUGAGCUUCGUCUUAGAGAGAAGCGUCAAAAAGACGACCGAGCGCAGGAAGAAUGGUUUUUACGCGCACGCGAAGACGCCGUAUCCAAAGAAAAUGCGAGACCCAAGAGUAGCAGCAGCAGUCGUCGACAGUCAAACCGCGAGGCGCCAUCGCAGACGAAUGGUGCAGGGUGGACAAGUAUCAACGGUGCGCGACGACGUGGUCGACGGGAGGAGGAGGAAGAGCCUCCUGCGGAUCCAGGAAACUUGCUGAGCAGCAUAUACCACAACCCUGUCGACGAGUCAGAGUCCAUUAAUGGUAGGGUUAUGCCCUUACGCAAUGGUGGUAACCGCGUUAGACCCGGUCCGACUUCUAACGGCGUGUCGAAUGAGAUGGAGACGAGCGGUGCUGAGGGUUACCCGACGGGUCGUACUAAAGAUAGGCCUCUCAAACCUAAGCAGCGACACAGUUUACCGAGUUUCCCGGCAGCUGGCCGUUCACCCACCGGAAAACCACCUGGAUCGGAGUCAUCUAUCGAGACGAAGACCAAGUCGCCAUCUGGUCGAAAAUCCUUACCUAGCGCAAAGGGCUCCUUACCUCCGACGGAGCGCUCAACGCCGGCAGCCACCGAUGCACGAGAAAUCACUCGUGAGAGGCUGGCCAUCAAAGACGAUGGAAAAGUUGUGACCGAACCACCGAUGUUUGCCGGGACCCCUCUCGAACGAAUUAACAUGACACAUCCUUACUGGGACCCCGAGUGGGAAUCCUUGGAUGGGAUUAUCCAGCCCCAGCUAGACAAGUGGAAGGAGAAGCUAGAACAGCUCAAGCAGACGCCUGAUGCUAUACGCCACACGAUUUUCUUGGCUAAUCGGCAAGUCAAUAGGGGUCAGGCCGUCGUCGACUUUCUUAGAAAUGAGCAAUGGCAUCCGUACCAAUUUGUGGGCAAGGAAAUGAUGAAUAAGUUUUACAAGACAUUCAUCAACUACGACACGAUGUUUCGAUUGGUGAACGUGCACGAGGAACUGAAGAAAUUUGAUCUCGACAUGACUCCUCUCGAAUGGCUACGCCAGCGUAUGUGCGAUAUCGCCGAGGCACAGGGGGAUAAGUUUAACCUAUCCAAGACCACCCACGAUUUGUAUCAUGACGCCAACUUAAAACUUCUGCGAGAAAAGCACGGGUUUGGUAACAUAGGAAGGCCAUCUGGAUACAAACUCAACGAGAGGAAUCCGGAAAGGGCAGCAGCUAGGAAGAUUAAACAAGAAUCAGGAUCGGUUCGACGUAAGGGUCGGCGAUCAAUCGGCCAAGUGGACCCCGACGAUGCGCCAAGUAUGGAAGACAUACAGAAGGCAGGGCUUGACCAGCCGCAAGGAGAAUACUUAGAACCUGUCACGCCUCGCAUGCAGAAACGGCAGCGUAUAGAACUCGCACCCACACCCGCACCCGUGCCCGUGCCCGUGCCCGCGCCAUCCCCUCCUAAACAGGAACCUGAAGAGGACGACCUUGACUACAGCGGUUGGACAUCGACAGACUCUUUCUCUGCCGGGCGGAUAAUGCACCUCGACUGGAGAGUGUAUCAGAUCAAAACGCGCGCAUUAACUACCAGCACGGAAGUGACCCAGUACUGGACUUGGAAGCAGGAUAAGGGACUGUUUGAGCACCAAGUCUUGCGGGACGUACAUCCAAAGGUUACCUGGGGCUUCUAUCAGAAGCCAAUCAACUUUGACUUGACGUUAGAGGAGAUCAAGGAGAUCCGGUACGGACCAGAUAGCCAGAAGAUUCUGGUAGAUAUCAACGACGAGAAGCGUGGCAAUGUCCUUGCCUACUUCAAGCGGGAGCGUACCAAGAAGCGGUUCCUCGCUUUCGCGAAGAAGAAGGGUAUCAAGCUUGUCAAGUCCACUCGCUUCCAACUGGAAGAAUUAUGGGACACUAUGGAAUCGAAGACGUUACCCGACGAAGAUUCGGAUACCUAAACUUUCCCUAUCGACUUGACCUCUAUCAUUGUUUUCUUAUAUUUAGACUUGAACUACGACACCUCGCGGACGUCGAAAGCCUCCGCUUA